AUGGGUGCAAUCCAGAAUCUGCUUGAAGCCUGCCUCAAACAGGGCAUCGUCCUGAGUGAUAACCUAAAGCGUGCCAUUUUCUGGCAAGAUCUCAAUUCUUCAGUAAUGACAGGAUCGAGCCGAACAUUCCAUCAUCAGUCCUUUCCCGAGCUCUCCUGGAGCAGAGACAAGACAUCUUCGACUUUCUUCAAGUUACCGCCUGGGUUCCAGGUGUUGUCAUCAGUACUGGGACACACCUUUCUCGAGAUCAUGGAGGAUGUCCAUGCUCUUCAGCAAAUCCGAGACACGAAUCUCUUCGGCCCAGAAGACGCUAUACAUGGAAGCCACCUCGUCGAUAUCAGACUGUUGCUAUGUCGGGGCUUAUCUAUGCUCAACGAUGCUGCGGUGCAAAAGGUGGCGUGCCUCGGUCGUGCCGGUAAGCAUAUUUGGACCAUCUUCAUCUUCUUCACGCACCUUGAUGACUGA